UAUAAUAGAGUUUAGAAACAGGGUCAACUUGAAAAAAAUCGAGAGUUGAAGAUCAAAUACCACAUUUAGCAGCAUCUGCUGGUCCACGCACACAUAAAAACACCCAAAGAGAUUUUUGUUUCCCUCCAAUCCAAUCCAAUCUAAUCCAAGUAUACCCCAGGCUCAGACCCUCUUUCUUAUCAUAUUUUACGUUGCCCUUUCGAACACCUUCUUCUCUUAUCCCUUCCCCAAAAACAUCUUCAGACACUUAAAAAACCUCAGUUUUUUUCACUUCUCAAAUUCCUUGAAGGAACUUCCCAAAAUGGAGCUCACUUGUUUUCUCAACAAGUGCUAUUUGCCUCCAUUACCUCACCUUUCACUUCCAUUCUGCAAGAACCCUAAUCCCAGAAUCCUUUCUAGAAAAAGGAACAAUUUUUGUCUGGCUUCAGCUUCUGAUACCCUUGUGGCUGGUUCAAGAAAGGAACUUGUCAGCAAGAAAGAUAAUGAAUUUGACGACUUGAAAUCUUGGAUGCACAAAAACGGGUUGCCUCCUUGUGGAGUUGAGCUCAAAGAGAGGCCUUCACAUGAUGCGAAGCAUAGACCUAUACAUUAUGUCGCUGCCAGUGAUGAUCUUCAGGCGGGUGAUGUGGCAUUUUCGGUGCCGAAUUCAUUGGUUGUGACGCUUGAGAGAGUGCUGGGAAAUGAGACUGUUGCGGAACUUUUGACGACAAACAAAUUAUCGGAAUUGGCAUGCCUAGCGUUGUACUUAAUGUAUGAGAAGAAGCAAGGAAAGAAGUCAUUCUGGUAUCCAUAUAUCAGAGAGCUUGAUCGUCAACGAGGAAGGGGCCAGCUGGCUGUGGAAUCUCCACUUUUAUGGUCACAAGAUGAAUUGGCUUACCUAACAGGUAGCCCUACUAAGGCUGAAGUCCUUGAAAGGGCUGAAGGAAUAAAAAGAGAGUAUAAUGAGCUUGACACUGUCUGGUUUAUGGCUGGGUCUCUCUUUCAGCAAUAUCCCUACGAUAUCCCUACUGAGGCCUUUCCAUUUGAGAUCUUCAAACAAGCCUUUGUUGCUGUUCAGUCUUGCGUGGUACAUUUACAGAAAGUCGCUUUGGCUCGGAGAUUUGCUUUGGUUCCUCUUGGACCCCCAUUGCUAGCUUACAGGAGCAAUUGCAAGGCAAUGUUAAGUGCUGUUGAUGGUGCUGUUGAACUAGUGGUUGAUCGACCAUAUAAGGCUGGGGAAUCUAUUGUUGUCUGGUGUGGGCCACAGCCUAAUUCAAAAUUGCUUAUAAAUUAUGGUUUUGUUGAUGAUGAUAAUUCUUAUGAUCGACUGGUUGUUGAGGCAGCUUUGAAUACCGAGGAUCCUCAAUAUCAGGAAAAGAGAAUGGUUGUUCAAAGAAAUGGUAAACUAUCAGUACAAGUUUUUCGUGUUUAUGCAGGGAGGGAAAAAGAAGCUGUUACAGAUAUGCUUCCAUAUUUGCGAUUGGGCUAUGUUUCAGAUCCUUCAGAGAUGCAAUCUGUUCUUUCUUCUCAAGGACCAGUCUGCCCAGUGAGCCCCUGUAUGGAACGAGCAGUGCUAGGCCAGCUUGUUGAUUAUUUCAAUGGACGCCUAGCUGUCUACCCUACUACACUGCAUGAAGAUGAGUCUUUGUUGUCAGAUCCAAACUUGAAUCCCAAGAGACGAGUUGCCACUCAGCUUGUUAGGUUGGAAAAGAAAAUUCUCCAUGCAUGUUUGCAGGCUACAAUUGAUUUGAUGGACCAGUUACCUGAUCACACUGUGUCUCCAUGCCCUGCACCUUAUGCCCCUAUAUUGAAAUGAAAGAAUUACCAGUCUCUAUUGUAACUUAACAAAAUAGUGGAAGUUCUUUGUAUUACUUGGAUAACGUCCUUGUCUAUGGGAGACCACGAAUCAGGUAGAUUUAAUCAGCCACUCCUUAGGACCGGCAUGGAGCAUGGGAAAUUUGUUGCUGGAUCUAAUAGGCUUUUAAGAGAGAAUCUUGCUUGUUGUUUUCCAAGUUAUUGGAAGCCGUGAUGUGCAUGAACUCUUCUUAUGCUUCAUCACUUUCUUCUUCCUUGUCACACUUUUUCUUUUAUCACUUUGUUCAAUUGUGUAGCUGUAGUCUUACAGGUUCAUCUGGGGUCAUCCUCUUGUAAAGUGAGAAAAUAUAAAAAAUCUUCACCUAACGGGUGCAUAGAUAAUCUUGGCCGCUAAUGAAUGUUGGCCAUUCCUUGUAAAUGCAGAUCUGGAUCCCGAUUUCUGUCAUUUGUGUAAUUCUUCUACCUCGUUGAAUUUCUCCAGUUCUGACUCAAUCCCUUUCACCCUUCAGUUUUUA